AGGCUUUAAGUUAAAGGAUAUGACUUUUCUGAACUAAAAUAUGGACCCAGAGUCCCCUGUGAUGGGGACCUAAAGUCUCCUGAGGCUGAGAUACAGGCAAGAUUUUGAAAACCCCUCAAAAAUUGUCUACAGUGAGCCCUGAUAUCCAGACCCUACUCUCAUGGGUGGCAAAACCACCUCUCAUUGUCCUAUUCAGUGUCUCCAGAUUGCCAGACUAAUCCCAUCCCCGAGGUUCAGCCCAUCUCCUUCAAGCUUACCCAGGCAUGACUAACUCACUUACAGCCAGGCUGAAGCUACUGCAGGCUUCUGCCAUUGUUCUCUAUCAGAUUUUACAAAGGCCCUGCUAGACCAUAGAAUUGCCUCAUCAGGCUGAUAAGGCAUGUCAUUGUAGGAUCUAUUUAUACUUCUGUAGACAUAUAGCCAUAGCUCUGGAAGCCUGUUGUGGACAUGGCGAUAGAUGGCUUAUUCACUGUGCAUGUGCUUUGAGGAUGACUGAUUCCAAGUCUAAAAGCUACAUUUAGGUCAUGGAUUUGUUGGCACAUUGUCAGUGUGAGGCAUCUUGUCUUCAGUGUUUUGUUGUGGAGUUGUCCAGUCAGCUGCAUCACUUAACACAAUAAUGGAGGGGACUACGGCUACACUGCUGAAACUGCACAGUUCACUUUGUCCUUAAAUCUCUUUGAGUGACGGUGGAGAAAAUGCAGCACGGAAGCUAGUAAGAGGCAAUGAAUCAGCAAAUAAAACUGCAAGGAGCUGUGUUUUGACGGAACAAGUGAGCAAAGCAUUUUUCCGUUCUACGAGUAGCAUUUUUCCGUUCUUUCGAGUAGCAUUUUUCCGUUCUACGUUUGGAUUUUAAUGGCAUCGAUGGAAAACAUCUUCAAGAUGAGAGAGUUGUUAUCGCAUCAGAGGCGCCAAAACUGAGAUUGGAGAUUCACUUAAAUAUAGUGGAGUCUAUCAGCCGGCCGAGUGGUUCGUGUGGAGAAGUUGACAGUGGCUCGGCUUCAACGAGAGCUCAGCAAGACCAAAUCAGACAACAAUCAGCAACGAGACGCCAUCAUGAGAGACUUGGCCGAAGAGCGACAAUCACGACUGGAUGCUGAGAAACGUCUCAAGGAGGCCCUCCUGGAAGGUGAGACCUACAAGUCCAGGCUGGAGGCCCUCCAGGAGGACCUGACCAAGAUGCAAGGGAUGCUGAACAGUGUCAUGGAGUACAAGACCAAGAUGGAGCAGCUCAAAGAGGAGCACAGUGGCACGGUUCAGACAUUGGAGAAUGAUCUGAGGAAGUGCCAAACCCACAUCAGCAACUUGGAACGGGAGAACAGCAACCUACUGAGUGAAUGUCAUGCACUGGAGUCCAAGGUUGGGCAAGAAGAAAUCAUGAAGGAGAAGACGAUGCUCUUGGAGAGGAUACGACUCUUGGAAGCGGAGAACUCAGCUCUGGUCCUGGAGAAUGAGAAUCAGAGGGAGCAGUACGAGCGAUGUCUGGAUGAGGUGGCUAAUCAAGUGGUUCAGGCACUCUUGAUGCAGAAGGACUUGAAGGAAGAAUGCAUGAAGCUACACAACCGUGUGCGUGAAUUAGAACAACAGAAUCGCAACUUGAAGUGUCUGUUUGAGAGAGAGCGACCAUGCUAUGGCCCACUCACACCCCUCCAGGGCUGUUUCCAGCACCCGUUUGCCAAUCUCAUGUCACCUGGUCCGCCGUCCUCACUGUCCGCUGGCCAAUCACAGAGCUCGGCACCGUCCGGCAGUGCCAACGCCAGCCCCGUGCUGCAGCAGCUCAGGCCCAGCCGGUUCACCGACAGGGGAGGGCACCGGCCGGAACAGCUCAACAGCACAAGCAGCGCCGGCGAGGGUCUGUCCUCUGACUCAUCACAUCCUGCCUCGUCAUCGUGUGAACAGGCCCAGGGUAGUCCGGUGCACGGCGCCAAGCCUGUGUUAUAUCAGCCCCAUGGGUCUCCACAUUCCAGGUCGCCUCAGAACCGGUUACCAGUCACUCAGUGUCACGAACACAUCAACGUCGCGUAUAAAGAGACCUCCCCAGACUCUGGUUAUCCCCUCACCAACGGAGGCCAUCCUGUCGACUCUUUUGGGCUGUACUCCCCUCACCGGACUAUGACAGACGCCACCUUGGACUUGUUAUCCCCGCAGAGGGAGCAGCUGAUGUAUGCUCACAACUGCCAGGCAUUUGCCGAUUACCGGCACGGGCAGCUGUCGGCUAGAAGCAACGGACACCAUCAUCAGAGCAGCAUGAUCAGUUUCAACGUUGCCGAGAAUGAUGUGAGCGAUGGCGCUGGUGAGAUCAUGGGCCUUGAGGAUCUGGAUUGGGAGCACUCCUUACUGUCGCCUGCAUCCCAGAGACACUUGGGGGAGAUGGGUAAACCUGUCCACCAUCUCCCUAAUGGGUUAGUCACCAGCCCGGCUAAAGCUCUGGCCCUCAGGAACUGUUAUGCCAAUGCUGUGGCUGAGAGGAAACUAGUAGGUGGUCUUGGAUGUAACCGGGAAGCGGGAAGGAACGGUUUCAGUCUCGGGGAGCAGUACACCAAACCCUUUGUCCACGCGCCUUUCCACUACGCUCAGAGUCUUCUCCAGGAGCUGAAGGACAUCAGUAGCAGCGUCAAGAGCUUUGAGAGCUUGACACUGGAGCCCAAGGCUGGCAUGCAGCAGAAACGCAAAGCAAGCCUGGAGAUUCACUCCCCUCAGUCGAAACAGAAGGUAGUCCGGUCCCAGACGGGCAGGCCUCCUGACCAUAUCAUCACAGUGCCAUCCUCGGAGCAAGGGAGUGCAUACGACGCUGGCCCGACCCUCGCUAGUGGAAGCGGAGACAGCAGCCACUCCAUCACAAGCUCCGAGAGUAUUGAAACCAUGCUGGAGAGACAUGCUUCCAUCACACCCUUCCCCACUUUUAGGAUGGAGAAUAGUUAUCAAGGAAAGCAGCAGUAUUUUGAGCAGCACAGGCCUCCGUCGAGGGACACGGACACCAACAAGAUUCACUACCAAGAAACUCAGGCUGAUCAAUCUUCUGAGGCCUUACUUAAGCAGUAUUACCAGGGACUGAACAGUUCUGUUGUAUCCGAGAAAUCACACAUGUUACAGAAAAAUCCAGAAGUCUCCGUUAAUCAGCUGAACCAUGUCCAGAACAAUGGUAUGAUAUCUGAACCAUCCCCUCAUUCUCCACACAUUGGGAGAAAAUUGGAUCGUUGUCGAUCAGAGGAAAACAGAGGCAGUUCUCCACAACAGCAGACACAUGUUUAUCGCAGCCAUUCGGAGAACUCUACUCAAUCACCUUCUGCACAGAGGAACUUGUGUAAUUCUGCAGUUACCUCAAGAAGAGAUGUCAUUAAUGACAGACCUACUCAGAUCCAAUCUCCUAAGCCAAACAGGAGCACAUCGCAACCAACCCAUGAUGGCAAAUAUCAUCCGAACACUGGUGCCAAACAUUCCCAGAUUCUCCAAGACUCGCCUCAGAUUCAUAAAUAUGGCUCGUCAUUGUCAUCCUCACCCCAAUCCCCUGGAAUCAGCAGGAACGCGGUUGUGUUGUCAAAACAAUCAGGGUGCACUGAAAAGACUUUCCCACCACAGAAGCCCUUGAUUUCAAACGGUGAUCAUCCUAUGGUUUCUUUACUCCCUAUUAGCAGUCGGAACAACCAGGUGCAAGCUAGCGCCAGUGGGAAUCACCAACAGCCUCACCAUCGACAGCGACAUGGUAGUGGAGUUCAUCACUCGUCCCGCUCUCCUCUUUCUCCAAGUAAGCAUCGGAACUUGACCUUUCCAAGACCUCACAGGCACCUCUCAGAACCCAGCAGUAGAGUCACCAAAGGAGACCAGAAUCAGCCAACAGUUAACCAUUCAGGGGCUCCUAGCGGUAUAAGACCACCCAACAGCUUUCCAAUCGAGCUGACAAGUCCAACAGUAAGCAGGCAUCGUCACAGCUCCUCCGCUCCCACCAGCCCUUCAAACGAAUGCUUGGCUGAAAGAGCUCACCAGAGAAACGUCGCUCGGAAGAUGUCCCCUCGCGUACGCAAGCCUGAAACAAACCAACAAAAGCAGAAGGACAAGAGACCGACAAUGUCAGGAAAUGAGAGCAAAGCCAGCGAGCAGAUGAGGAAAACAGUGUCCUCAAACAAUGCCUCAGAACAAGGCAUGAAUGAUGUUAUAAGAACUCAGAAACCAAGAGAAUGUGUUCCCAGUAGACCCUCUGAGCUCAUACUUCCAUCUAAGGAGGUCAACAAACAGGGACAAUCAGCAGCUCUCCAUCAGCAGAACUCUGAGGUAGCUAUCAAAAACAACAGAACCAAACCAGAUAACAGAGAUCCGAGCGCUUCUGAAAUGCCAACCACAAUAAACAACAAACCACAAACAAGUCUAGAAGAGCACAACAAACAGUCCCAAGUUGUUGAUGAAGCGUCCAAAAGUACAAGUGAACUGGAAGAGGUCUGCCCAUCCCAUGAUGAGGAAAACAAACAGGACAGUGAUGGUGAGGUUGAGAAUGUCAUCAUGGCGUAUUCCUCACAGUGUGGCCACGAAAACAAUACCGAGGAUUCAAAACUUGAGGAACUUCAAAUAAUUUCCACCAACAAAGAUGCAACUGAUGGUGAAACAAAGCCAGUUGACUCGGUGAGUGUGAAGGCCCUAGCGGAGAAAAUGCAGCAAACCAACUUGAAAAAGCCUAAACCGAGUCAUGGUGGAAUCAACGAAAGUGGUAAAAAGUCUCGUGACAACCGUGUGGGAUCUUUCAUGACAGCAACUACUCCACCAAUGGAUGUGGAACACGCUUGCAAGCCACUGAACGAUGCUGGAACCAAACCUCCAAUUGUGAACAUUGAUGAACUACCAAUUCGUGGAUUCAAUACAUCUGUAGAUGUGGCCAACACACCUAAGGCUCGGAGUCAAUUGAACCAUGCUCAAUACUCCGAUGCCAUAAAGGAACAAGAAGUGCCAAAUGUUAGACCCUCUAGGAUCAGCAGAACACUUUACACAUCAACCCCUUGUCAGCAAACAAACAGUGCCGUUACAGUCCCAGAGGGAGCCUGCAACAUCGAGGAGAGUCCCCUUGGGAAACUAACGGCCGAAAAGUCUGAGACAGACACCAGCAAGAGACACAGCCCAUUCCACAUUGGAACCCUUGGUUCAUCGCCACGGCAACCCGGAAGGAACCAAUCAGCUUCAUUGCAUCACCUGGACAGUCAGAGGAGGGUGGUGAGUGAUCCGGCAUGCCAGCACAGUCUCUCGUAUGAGUCGCUGCAAUCCAACCAAUCAGAGGGCUCGGUGGAGUGGGGGAGUCCAAUCAGGAAUGGAGCAGCACCAAAGAAGCCAGCAACACCAUUGAGCGAGAUUCUGUGGAGUGGCUCAGACAGUGACGAUGAGGAGGAGAACGUCAACUUUGUGGAGAUGUGGAAGGCACGCAACUCUUCCCCAAUAAAGCUACCUGACUGGAACCCCAGGAAGAGUGUGGAAGACUACAAGAAGAAAAUGCAAGAGUCUCUGUCAAGCACUUCAAGAUCUUUGGAGAGGCCCGACAGCCUGACUUCCUCCACAUCCAGCGAGCAGUGGAUCCUCAACUACCCUCUCGACAAGAUCUCACCACCAACCAGUCUCAAUAGACCCUCCAAGACCAACGGCAGAAAGGAACCAGUCAGGAGUAGCUCCGUCAAGAAUGCAGAGUCCAAAACGGAGGAUUCCAAAGCUACUCUCUGCAGCUCCAAGUCGGCGCCUGCCACCAAGACCAAUGGCUCCUUGAAGAGACACAUGGCUCCUGUGUGCAGGAAAGGCAGCGGAGGUGAUCGGAGCAGGACCUCGGGUAGCAGCGACAACAGCAGCCUUGGAGAGAACUCCUUGAUGGCGGACUUUGUGUCCAGCAUCAUGACGGAGAUCUCCAGUGAUGAGUUUGGCAAGAGCUGUAUCAGUCUGGACUCGGGCCUGAAGGACAAGAAGAAGACUCCCAAAAUGGGCAUCACAAAACGACAGAUCAGUCCAAGCACAAGAGCCAAGUGUAACUCACUGCCGUCAAAAUCUUCACAAUUCCUCUCCCUGUCCACCAAGAGCAACCCAAAGAGUCCAAAAGCACCUAAACAGACGGUGAAAACGCCAUCACCAGCAUCCAAACAAGUGAAGUCAAAGUCGAAAGAAACAAAACGCAAGAGCUCCUUGUCAGGAAUCCCGAAAGCUAUCAAUGAGAAGAACUUUGAAUUUUAUAAGGGGCAGUCAUCCAGAAAGACCGAACAACAGAAGCAACCAGCUGAAGAUUGUGUGAAGGAGGAUUCCAACAACACCAGUCAAGUCAAGAAGAGGGAGCCUAAAGGGCGAAGUCGCAUCCCCAAACUCAUCAGGAACAGCUUCAAGAGUCAGAAAUCAGAGACCCCUAACAAGAAGAAGGCUCCAAAGGGCAUCAGUAAGAAAUCAAUUCUGGACGAUCAUAAAAUCCAGAUGACAUGCAACGUGCCGAGUGAACCACACACAAAAACUGAGGAGGUGGGAGGUUUUAAUCCACAAGCAUGGAUGCGACGCGAUAUCCGCAGAGGAAGGCCGCCUCCCCAAUCCGAUGGAAGCACAAAUGCUCAGAAGCCUGUCGACUCGAGAUUUACCAGUGUGGAAAUGCCUUACAUUGAUGACACUGGAUCAAGUCCAGUGAAGGGGUCGGGUUGUGAAAAGUGCAACUUGUGUUCCAACGGGGAACCCUGUGACAGUGAUUGUUCUCAUCCUCACAAGUCGGGUAACGAUGUUGGCACAACUGAGGCCUCCAGCGCUGACGACCACGUCAAACUCACAGUGAACAAUGUCUGGGAAAGAAACGACCAAUCCAACGCCAGUCGGAACCCCCCAAUACCCCCGCUCGAUGCUGCCAACCAGAAACUGAUUCAUGACAUUGAGCAGGGUCGCCUAUGCAGCGACUCCGACUGCCAGCAACUGACCCCCAAGACGUGGUCUCAGCAGCUCAACAGCAACAACAAGGGCAGCUUAGAGAGGAGCCUACGGACGAAAGAAUCAACAGAAGGUGGGAAGGAGGAGACUGGAAAGCCGGGGAAGGCGUAUAAGGUGCCGCUGGUCAACGAAGACAUGAUGGAAGACUUUGAUGCUGAGGAACUAUGUGAUGAAGGAUCAGAGGAUGCGAGGGAGAACUCGGCUCAGCUAAGCGAGAAGGAGAGGGCUAAUCUCCUGGACUCCUUGUUUGAGAGCGAGACAGACGACGAUGAUGAGGAAGGAAGAGAGAGUCUCGACACAUCCUCUGACAGUCAUCCCGAUGAGAAACAGUUCCUUAAACUCCUAGGAGGAGACAGAGCAUCAGGUUGGAAGCGUCAUGUAGUCCGUUCUCAGGCUAGCUACUGCCAUGUCUCUAUCUUGCAGCUGGAUCUGCGAGCGUUGUACAUGCGGUUUGGCGACAAGGAGAAGGAGGCACUGUCCAGUUUUGGCUUCUUGAAGGGAGAAGGGGCGAAGCUGGACACACCAACGGGGGCUCAGAUGAAUAAUAAUACCAACAACCUGCAGUUGUCAUUGGAGGAGAACGUGGUGGCCCUGUCCAAUCACAGCCAUGACCAGCAGCGCCACCAGGGGUCGGCCUUUGGUCAGCUUGAGGAGAGUCUGUCGGUCAGCGACGACGUCUCCUGCUACAGUCAAUCCUCGUCAACGCCGAGUCUGUCGCUACAUGACUGAAGAGCAGCGCUGUAAACAGGCCAAUCACAGAUGGAUCACAAGUCAAUCGUAAAGCAGUUAACAGUCAACCACAAGUUGAUCACUAGUCAAAUACAAGUCAAAUCACAAGUGAAAUCACAAAUCGAUUACGAGUCGAUCACGAGUUGAACGCAAGUCAAUCACAAUUCAAAUCACAAGUCAAGUCACAAGCAACCGAAUGUCAAUCACAAGUCAAUCAGAACUCAAAUCACAAGUUGAGCCACAAGUCAAUUCCCCAAUGGAACAGGGAGCAAGCAACGGCAGAGAAAUGUCUUUCUCACCUUUUCUUUAAUAGCUUGUGACUUGACUUGAGACUGGAUGGCGAUCGUCCUGUGAUUGUCUUCCGAUGACUUGUGAUGUCAACUCUGCCAAAGGAAAUAAUCAAGAUAUAUCCUGAAGGAAUUAACCAAGAUACUAGCUGGAGAAAUCUCAUCGAGCUCACUAAGCAGAAACACUCGAGCUUGCAAUAAAUAACUUCGCUUAGCAAAAACUGCAUUUUAUGCAAAAUCGUGUGUAUUUUGAGUUACCGUGCUGGUUACUUUUGCACUGUGCAUGGCAAAGCAAACAUUUUUUUACAUAGUUGAUGUUGAAUUUGAAACAAACAUGUUUACACAUUGUCACAGCUUUUAAACAUAAGCAGGAGAAUGUCCAGUGAAUGUAGUGACUAGAGAAGAGGACUUGGAGAAAGUUUAGGGUUAUGAUUUCGUGUGAGCAUUCAAAUUUUGUAAAAAACUAGUCCGCUUCUCUGAGAAUGUUCUCGUUUAUUUCUUCAGUGAAGAAUGAGUAUUAAUCUGGAUGCAACUUUGUCAGUAUGCCUAUUACAUGGUAUUCAAAUGUCCACUUAAUGUAUGUACCUCUCUGAAUGUGUGCCUAGCUAUGCUCAGGUUAAUGCUAUAACAGCUGGAAAAAGCUGGAAAAAAUCUCCCUUUUUUCCCCAAAAGAUUUUUUGAAUGCCUCAAACAGCCUUUGACCUUUGGGAUUUUAUAAUAGUUUAUUCAAUUUGUUUUGAGGGUGAACAGGAUCAUGACCGAAGGAAAAUUUGCAUACUGCAUACGUUUUCAAAUCCACAACAUUUUCUGAACAUGUAAAAAUCAGGUUUUCAAAAGUUGGUUGCCUUCCAAGUUCCAACAUAUUUUUUUUUUGCCCUUGAGGUUUUUUCAUUCCAGUGUCAUGCCUGAUGUGUUAAAUACUACCUCUGUGCUCAAUAGACUGAUCCGCUGAGCCCCACCCACCGAGCACGACCACUGCUAUGAUUGGUCUGAAACAUCAUGGGCGGAGCUCAAUGGAUCGGUCCAUUGUGCACACGUGUAGCAUGAAAUUUAGAAACAGUAUUCUUACUCUAUAUUAGCGAGUAGUGGUAUAAACGAAGAAGCCACUCCUAAACUUGCUGCUUACAUGUGCAAUCACAAAUUUAGUAUUCUGUGGGCCAAAUCUGUAUCUCUUAUUUAUUUUAUUGUAAACCAAGUUUAUUCCAACAACUGUACAACCAGUGAGAUGCAAACAAUACUUGAACAAUUUGUGUUUUCGAUUGGAAUCACAUUCUGUGAUGUUAGGGGCCAUUCAACAUUAUCAAUGUUUCUAAAUUUCGAAAAAAAAUAUUCCCCCAAUUGUUGUUUACCCAUCCACCCACCCCAAUUUUCGAUCUAAAAAAAUUGACUUGCUAUUCAAAAUAAUCCAAAUACAUGUAUGCCUGAUUCAGUAACGGUUUGUUGAAAGAGCUUUUUUUUUUUCUUUUUUUUUUUUUGGCAAAGUGAAUUUGUAUUUUUCAGUUAUUUGACCCACCCAACCUACAUUUUCGAAAAAAAAACCAAUUUUUAAAUUUACAAACAUUGAUAAUUUUGAAUUGCACCUUAAGAUGUAGUCUUCGGAAACCAUGUCAAACUGACAUAAAGAUCGAUGUCAAAAUGGUGUUUGAGCAUGACAGCGAAUGAAAGUAACAAAAUGAAUGGGGCUAGUUGCAUGGAGCUGGUUAGCACAAAUUGCUUAAGCACAGAAUCUGCUUAGCAGAUGCAGGGUACCGGCCAAAAAAUGCCACAUAAUGUGAAUUGCUUAUGACCGGUCACCAGCCAUUGUUUUGUUCAUCACAUGAAUUUUUCCUAAGCAAUAUUUUCUGCCACGUGUUGUCGGACUGAAUUCACAAUUUGUUCUACCGCCUUCAUUUGUAGCAGCUUAUCAUGGGCAUUAAAACUUCACUAAAUGAAGCUUUUUACAGGUUUUUUUUUAAAUGUUAAGAAUUCAAACUUGAUAUGCAAAAACAGUAAGGCAUGAAAAAAUCUACCAAACAUGCAUGUUGCCAAGCUACCUCUGUUAUGCCAUAAUGAAGCAUUAUGUAAGUCACGCGCCAUCUUAAUUCACAUUUUUUGGGGAACAUUUGUGCUCAUUUAUUUAUUUUGCCAGUGGCGUGUAUUAAGCUAUGUCCUGAAGCUCGUGUUAUUUAACUUUUGUAUAUAUUUGUAAAUUCCAAGAUAUGAUUUAUGCACAGUGUGCUGUAUGUAUGACUUACGUUUUACUGACAUGCGGACAAACAAGGUCCUCCGUGUUGUGCACGAUAUUGCUGUCUUUGGGUAAAAGAGUGGUUUUGUGUUGGAAACAAAAAUGCGAUCUUGGGACAAUUUCAUGGAUCUACUAAAGCGUUGAAAAGCUUUGCUAAGCUAUAGGGUACCAGCCAAGAUUGUAUGUUAUGUGUAUUGGUUGUGACUGGUACUCUGUUGAAUUUCGCUUAGCACGUUAACUUGCUUAACAGCAUUUUCUGCUAAUACUCCAUGACAUUUCCCCCGGGAAACCAUUCUUCAUUAGACUGGUGGCAACUCUAUUCAUAAAUAUUCAGUUUACGCAGAUUAGGAACAGUGAUUUUUUUCUUCUCUCAAUUUACCCAAAAAGUAAAAAUGCAUCGUAAUAUCCCGAAGUUGUCACUGUUGCAAAACCUCAUUGACCUUUGAUAUCAGAUUCCUUUUAAUUUCAUUUGCGAUUCUUUAUAAUUUAAAUUGUGAAGUCAUAUUUGGGAAGUUGUCUUAAAAAACUACUUAUGAAUUGUGUUAUUGAAAUUUCAGGCUACUUCUUACUCAUUUAGACUUGCCGCCAGUCUAUGAUGGAACUUAUUUAUUUGGGAACUCACUCGCAGUCGUCACGCUUGAUAGACCAUCAAGAAAGUUGGCAGAUUUUUGUACAAAUGUAGAAAGGGAUAUUUUGUUCAAAAAAAAAAGUUAAACUGUUUAGAGGCAGUAUUCGGAUUACAUGUACAUUACAUAGAAAUACAAAGUAAAUUUUGUACACCUAUAGGUUACACGUUAUGCAAAACAGUAAUUAAUUGACACACUCCACAAUAUUGGUCAGUUUUGUCAAAGUGAUUGAAGAAAGUUUUGUGGCAUUAUGUAGGUAUUGAAAGAAUCGCUUUUGAGAAUAUCAAAAGCUUGUUUAAAAACUUACCUGUGUGUUAGCUUUGUAUGCCCCAAGAUUUUACAUUUUUGAAUGGGUCCACGAAGGGCUUGUUUUGAAAACUAAAUGAAAAUAAAGGUUGGAAGAUUUAAGCCAGAACUUAACAAAGUGAUAAUGUCUAGAAUAUGGGGCAAAUACAUAUUUUUAUAUGAUUCCAGAUAUUUCAAGUCACAAAAUGAAAGCCUGGUUUUUCAACCAAAGCUACAUCAUUACCAAAAUACCACUCAUAUGAGAGGUCAACCAACCUCCAAAUUAAGAGUACAUCAAUCCCACUAAUGCCAGAGUUUUUUUUGUACAAAAGUACCAUUUUAUCAGAGAUAAUUGCCUGGCUUAAUUUGUUUUGCUGAUUUUUGCAAACACGACCCUUAUGCAAAGACGGUGCUUCUGCAGAUGAAAGAACCACCUUUCUUUCCCCCUUGAAACUGACGUCCGAGUGUUCAAUGGUACAAAUACCUGUGACUCUUCCAUUUUUAUAAACUUUUGAUAUACAUGUCAGCUUUUUUUACCUGACCAAUCUCUGUAGCUAUGCUCUUUGCUUCAUUCCCAAUUGUACGAGACUUAUUACCAGACGACAAUAACUUAUGCAUAAAAGAAGCUAUGCUAAAAGUUGAAUAUUUUGGUAACAAAAACAUUUUGCCAGUUUGUUUUUAUAAGACACUACUUCUCAUAUGCAGAUAUUUUGUAUGAAAUCACGAGCUUUGAUACCUCUCCCAUAAAAGAAAGUUAGAAGACUUUGAAAUUUUGUUUUCCAUCGAGGUUAUGGAAAGUGACUUUCAUUUUUUUGUUUAAGUGCAAUAUUCUUCCAAGAGCAAGGCGAAUUGCAUCGUCCAAUUUACAAAGGUGUUUUGUAUUGGUUGGUGUGUUUGUGUUUUAUACUUCACAUGAAUUGACAUUUGGAUUGGUUAGUUCACAAGAAUACUUCUGUAUUCUUUGUGUUGACACAUCUUUAAGUGCUUCGUUCACAAAGUGUAUGAUACAUGUCAAAAAAUCAGGGAUGACAAGAAAGAGAAAACGAAAUUAAAUGACAAUGAUAUGAUAUACUAAA